UCUCUCCCCCCUCCCCUCCCCUCCCACCCCACCCUCGCCCCGCUCCUCGCCCGCUCCGGCGUGCGUUCCCUUCCCCGGCUUCCAACCCUAGCCCUGUCCUCCUCCCGCCGCCUCCCAACCCUCUCCUCCUCCUCCUCCUCCUCGGUCGCGCUUCCCCUUCCCCAUCUCGCCGCCGUUUCUUGGGUCCGGGACACGCUCCUCUAGCUGUCCGCGUAUGGCCUCCGACGGCGCCGCCAGAGUCCGCCCUCCCAAGCUCCCCGUUUGGGAAGGCCUGGACCCAUCCAACGUCCUCACCUACAAGAGACGCCGCCGCGGCACCGGCGCCAACGCAGGCCACAUCGCCGUCACGCCGAGCCCCGACCCUGUCAAGAAUAAGAUGAGCGCGGUGGUGCACGCCAUCAAUUCCCAGCAAGGUGGGCGCCAAAUGCUAGACAGGCACUGGAGAAGCUGGAGGGACACGCUGGAGGGCGUCCUGCAAUCCACUCCUGGGAACCAGAGCGCCGGAGGGAUUCAGAGCUGCAUCCGAGAUGCGCUCAGAUAUAAUGGUUGCCAUCCCAAAGAACAUGGGAACUUAGCUGAUGGCCGAGGAGCAGGCGGAGAGGACCCUGUUGGAGCUGUACAUUCUGAAGAGAAUAAUGCUGCCUUUCAGUUAGAAGAUGGAACGGCUGCAUCUUUGGAAGCCAACAAGGCAGUGUGCCAUAAAGCUCUUUUUGACAUUCUAAUCUCCGAGAAGUUUGCCAUGCUUUGUGAUCUGCUAGCUGCAACAUUCCAUGUCAAUACGCCUGAUGACGUGAUUGGCUUGCAAAUAAUUGAUGCCAAGAUGAGAAAUGGGGAUUAUGCACAGAACCCUGCGCUGCUUGACCAUGAUAUCAAAAAGAUAUGGAAGAAGAUUGAACAUGUUGGCCAACAAAUGGCUGGUCUGGCAAGCAGUCUCUCACUGAUUUCACAAGCUUCUCAUCAAAAGCAGGCUUCUGGCGUUUCAGAAAUUGAUGUGGCUGAACACAGGAUAGAGGAAACAAGUUUGGUUGGUGUUGCCCACAAAGCCCUAAGGGAGUUGACUCCCCCUUGCGAUUCUGGCCAUUCUACGAUACCAAAUGGACCGGAUGGAAUUUGCAAGGAUUGUGGCAGAAAGGCAGACAGCGGAGGAAGAAUUAUCUGUGAUAGAUGUGAAGCCACAUACCAUGUUUCAUGUCUCAAGCUUGCCAUUGAUGAAGAGGCCCCAGCAAAAUGGUACUGUCCCACCUGUGUUGGAUUAGAUGGACCUUCAAAGAAUGACAACAAUGGCAGAUCACAUGAAGGCUGCGAUGUAUGCGAGUGGCUUGUGUUCGAGAAACCUGAAGAACCGGCUGAGGAUGUUAGCCAACCUGAAUUGGCCGUCAAAACACAGGAGAGCUCAGUGUCAAGCAUGGAUGAAGAUAGUGAACCAGACCUCUCAACAACUGCUCUAGCAAACUUGUGCAAGCAUUGUGGCACAUGUGAAGAUGAGAACAAGAAGUUCUUGGUAUGCGGCCAUCCUUAUUGUUCUUACAAGUUCUAUCAUGUGCUGUGCAUGAAAGAAAGCCAGAUUGCAAGUGAGAAGCAGAAGAAGCAAGCAUGCUGGUACUGCCCGUCUUGCCUGUGCAGAUGCUGCUUCAAGAACAAGGAUGAUGAAGAAAUAGUAUUGUGUGAUGGCUGUGAUGAUGCUUAUCACAUUUACUGCACUGUCCCGCCGCUCGAUUCUGUCCCGAGAGGUAACUGGUACUGCAUGUCAUGUAAUGCACGGAGGUCAGCGCGUGGGAUGCAGAAGUACGAGGAGUCAAUCCUGCAGAAGACCAGUCGUGUUCCUGAUGCCAAAAGGCCAAAGGUGCAGGCAGCUGCUCCAGAAAAAUAAGUAGCAGCGGUGUGGAUGAGGUUUCACAGGCUUACUAGGGUAAAAGAAAGGAAAUGAUUCUUUUGCCCCCCUGAAGGGGUAUACAUUACUCUUGACAGCUUGAAUAAUCGGAGGAUGGGUUGUGUAUACAUUGGGAAAACGCCCUGUUGGCUGGUGAAGAUGAGAUGAUAGCAUCCGUGUGGAUGCGCACGUUGGUCCCUGCGGAUGAACUGCUGAUAUUGAUUUCCUGUCCUGUUUCUAUUUUUUCCUUCCUGGAAUUCUUGUGACUAUUCCGUGUAAGUUGUUGUGCUGUUAUGUUGUGUCUUCCCUUUACCUGAUGGUAAGUGGUAACAAUGACACCCACCCAUGUUGACAUCGCUUAUCGAUGAUAUGUACAUGUCUGCCACGUGUUUUGUUUGUGUUAAACAAUGUGUGCUCUUCUUACAUACUUUUGCAUAGCUUGUCAUCGAUGUCUGAAA